AUGGCGGUCACGGAGGAUAUGGACACGGAGGUCACGGUUAUCAUUAGCAGCAGAGAACCACACCUUCGUGAUGACACGGUGGAUAUGGAAAAGGUUAUGGACAUGGAGGUUGCGGGCACGGAGGAUAUGACAAAGGGCAACGCGGAAGUUGUGGAUAUGGGAGAUAUGGCAAUAGCCAUAUUGGAAGUUAUGGAAAAGGGGUAUAUGGCAAAGGUCACGCGCGUAGCCCUCGUAGCAGUACUUGUGCUGGUGAUGGUGGCCAUAGUAAUGGCAGAUCCCGAUCCCGGGUAUGGGAAUGGGCAUGGCGGCUAUGGACACGGAGGGUACGGCAAGGGGCACGGCCACGGAGGGUACGGCAAGGGCCAUGGUCAUGGUGGAUACGGUAAAGGCCAUGGACAUGGAGGGUAUGGAAAGGGCCAUGGAGGAUACGGUAAAGGACAUGGCCAUGGCGGAUACGGUAAAGGACAUGGCGGAGGCUACGGGCACGGAGGAUAUGGCAAAGGUCACGGUGGAGGUUAUGGGCAUGGGGGCCAUGGCGGUCACGGAGGCUACGGACACGGAGGUCAUGGUUACCAUUAA